ACUCCCACUCGGGUGCCUCGGCCCGGCCCAUGUUUUUGUAUGUCGGGUGUCCGUCCGCCGCCUGACGUUCAAGUUCGCCGGGAACGUCACGUCCGUGCACUUGAACUUGCACAGCUAAGAGGGGAGGGGUGGUGUGUGUAUGUGUGUGUGCGUGCGUGUGUGUGUGUGUGUGUGUUGGGGGGUGUGGGGUGGGGGGGUGGAGGGGGGGUUUUGCCAUUUUUUUCAAUCUCUCUCCCCUUCUCUCUCUCCAUCCACCUCACUCUCUCUCUCUUUUUUCUCUGCUCUCCUUUCUCAAAAAAGCCAUGACGGCGAUCCCGCGAUCCAUCCUCGCCUCCGCGCUAUCUUUCUAUUAUUUCUAAUUUAUUUUAUUAUUUUGGGUUUUUUUUUUACUCCGUCUCCUCAACCUCCUCUGGUAGAUGUCCAAGGCGUUGGAUGAAGAUCUUUUCUCUCUUUUUUCCCCCUCCUCUCCUCUGUCACCCCGGCAUCUCCCCGAUGUGAUCCGCGCUGAACACAGCCGCUGAACAGCCACCAUGUCUCGCCGCAAGCAAGGCAAACCGCAGCACCUGAGCAAACGGGAUUUCUCGCCAGCCGAGCCCCUCUCCACGGCCGUCGUCUCGUCGGAGGAGCUGUCGGAACGCUGCUCGGAGCACUCGGAGGACAGCGGCAGCCUCAAUGGCCACCAUCCGGUUCCCACUGCGGGCCGGUUGGCUCGGCUGGGUCCGGACUCUCACCCCUCGCCGGAGCAGGACCUCCUGACCUGCGGUCAGUGCCAGGCCACCUUCCCCCUGGCAGACAUCUUGCUCUUCAUCGAGCACAAGAGGAAGCGAUGCCACGGGCCACCCUGCCUCGCCAUAGGCAGGGGGCUGGACAAGCCCCCUUCGCCCUCCCCCGGUUUGGCCCUCACCCCUUCACCGGCUCUGAACUCUCUGCGUGGCCGGAGGCCGGUUGAAGUCGGGGUUCAGGCCACGCUAGCAGACGAAGACGAUGAGAGGUUCUCGUCACCUCGGGGGAUUUGCCCAAAGCAGGAGCCCCUGCCAGGUAAGGAGGAGCCAACCACGUAUACCUGCACAACGUGUAAGCAGUCAUACGGCAGCGCCUGGUUCUUGCUGCAGCAUGCUCAGAACUCCCAUGGCUUUCGAAUUUACCUGGAAAGUGAACAUGGCAGUCCCCUCACCCCACGCAUGGGCGGGCCUUCUUCCCUCGGUGGUGGUGCUGACUGCCCUUCUCAGCCUCCCCUUCAUGGCCUCCAUUUGCCACCUGAUGCAAGUCCUUUCAACCUCCUCCGCAUCCCUGGCUCGGGCUCAGGGGGAAGGGACAGCGUUGGAGCAGGAGGUGCCAUUGGAUCUGGUGUUCCUGGAGGCCAUCAUCAGCGUUUCCCCCCAACACCUCCUCUCUUCAGCCCCCCUCCGCGAAACCAUCUGGAUCCCCACCACCUGAGCCCAGAGGAGCUGGCGCUGGCAGCCCACCACCCGAGUGCCUUUGACAGGGUGCUGCGCCUUAAUCCUCCUCUGCCUCUAGACCCACCUCCGACAAUGGACUUCUCAAGGCGUCUACGGGAACUGGCAGGCAACACCUCAGGGUCUACUCCCCCGCUAUCACCCAGCCGGCCAAGCCCCAUGCAGCGCUUACUGCAGCCAUUCCAGACAGGGGGAAACGGAGGUGCAGGGGGAGCAGGGGGCAGCAAACCUCCAUAUCUUGCUACUCCACCACCACUACAAGGCUCGAUGCAGUCGCCUGUGGGCUCACAAACCACUCCUCCAACCCCUCUCCCUACAGCAGGACCACCCUCUUCCUCCAACACCCAGUUGAAAUCAAAGUGUUGUGAGUUUUGUGGCAAAGCCUUUAAGUUCCAGAGUAAUUUAAUAGUGCAUCGGCGCAGUCACACAGGAGAGAAACCGUACAAAUGUCACUUGUGUGAUCAUGCAUGCACACAAGCAAGCAAACUGAAACGACAUAUGAAGACGCACAUGCACAAAUCAUCCUCGCCAAACACGGGCAAGUCGGAAGAUGGUCUAUCAAUCGCCUCAUCCCCAGAGCCUGGCACUAGUGAGCAUAUAGGUAGUGCUAGCAAUGCACUUAAAUCAGUGGUGGCCAAGCUGAAAAGUGAAAAUAAUCGCAUGUUACGAGAAAAUGGAGAGGAGGAAGAAGAGGAAGAGGAGGAGGAAGAAGAAGAAGAAGAGGAGGAGGAAGAGGAAGAGGAGGAGGAAGAGGAGGGGGAAGAGGAGGAAGUACAGAAUGGGGAGAGGCCUCCCAAGCGAAACAACAGCUAUCACUUUGGACUGAGCCUGGAAGCAGCACGGCAGCAUGAAAACAGCAGCAGUAUUGGAAGUCGACUGGGUGGAGUGGCUGAUGAGACGUCUAUCCCUCGCUCACUGCCAGAGGUCAUGCAGGGAAUGGGUCUGGCCGCCAGCAUGCAGCAUUUCAGUGAAGCCCUCAACGCACACAAACGCAACGCCAUGGCCCAGGAGAACCACCUGCACCACCAUCUCAGCAGAGACCAUCACCACAGUCGGGACAUGUGCGAUGGAGACUCUGUCUUGGAAACAGAACGUGUAGAGGAAGGCACUGUUUCUGCAGUAAAUGGACGAGGAGUGUCUCCUCAUGAAUCUUCUUCAAUUGGCCUCUCAAAGAAACUGCUUCUGGGUAGCCCCAGUCCACUUAGUCCCUUCUCAAAACGUAUUAAACUGGAGAAAGAAUUUGACCUGCCUACCCCCACAAUCCCUAAUACAGAAAACGUCUACUCCCAAUGGUUGGCUGGCUAUGCUGCCUCUCGACAACUCAAGGACCCCUUUCUCAACUUUGGGGAUUCCAGACAAUCGCCUUUUGCAUCAUCAUCUGAGCACUCUUCAGAGAAUGGCAGCCUGCGUUUCUCGACCCCUCCAGGAGAACUGGAUGGGGGAAUGUCAGGUCGCAGUGGGACAGGCAGCGGGGGCAGCACGCCACACCUUGGGGGUCCUGGAAGACCCAGUUCCAAGGAUGGACGCAGGAGUGACACUUGUGAGUUCUGUGGAAAGGUUUUCAAGAACUGCAGUAACCUGACAGUACACCGGCGCAGCCACACAGGAGAGAGACCCUACAAGUGUGAGCUGUGCAAUUACGCGUGUGCCCAGAGCUCCAAACUUACUCGCCACAUGAAGACCCAUGGUCAGGUGGGCAAAGAUGUGUACAAGUGUGAAAUUUGUCAAAUGCCCUUCAGUGUUUACAGCACCUUGGAGAAACACAUGAAAAAAUGGCACAGUGACCGUCCCUUGAGUACCGAAAUAAAGUCAGAGUAGAAGGCAGAACAAUGAGACCUUUUCCUUUGCAACUGGGUUGCCAACAGUCAAGUGUUUAUUCCUAGCCCCCUUGUAGAUUUGCCCCAAUCCCAACACUCCCCUUUCACCAACCUGGUGGAAGCCUAAGACCAUGUGCUCUGCACCAGCACACCUUGUUUCCAUUACCCAUCGAAUGCAUGAUCUGUAUCGGGGCAAUACUCUUGCAUUGACGCAAAACUUCGAGCCUUUCUCUUGUGCAAUAAUUUACAUGUUGUGUACUAUUUCCUUUUAUUGAGUUUUCUUUUUCCCCCCAUUUUUAAGAAUUAGUCAGCAUGCAUAGUAUGUUUUUUGCUAAUCAAAAAAGAAAAGAAAAAAAGAAAAGAAUUUGUCCCUGGUUGGUUAGUUGUUGAGUAAAUGUGUUGCUGUUUUUCUCUCAUUCAGUUAUUUUCUUUUUAUUUUUUAAAAAGAAAAAAAGAGAAGAAAGAUACAUCCAUGCUGCGUACAUUCUGUAACACAUAUCAUGUACAGCUUUGUUUUGUAACAUGGAAAGUGAACAGUCUUUUUACUUGACCCUCUUUUUACUACCCUGGAAAUGCACUUAUCCUGAUCUUUCUAAAAGAUGACAUGUUCACACAGGGUUUAAAAGAACAAAAAAAAAAUCAUGUAUUUGGCUUGACUACUAAACUGAAAGUGAUGACAGGCCUCAAAUUUCUUUCAAAAAGACAAAAAAGUGUGUUAAGAACUCAAUUUGUACUAUCAUUUGGAGGAUUAAGGAAGAGUGCCUUUGAUAUUUCAAGACUGCAUUGGCCAUAAUUUUAUCUGGUUUAAGUUUGGGGUCACACAGACGAAGCUGAAAGAGUUAGACCACGCAGAAAAAGGUCCUUGCAUCAAGCACCUGACGACUCAAAUGGACAACUCAUGAUGAAACAUCGAAAUCAUUAUUUAGCUACAUUUAACAUGUUUUAUAGGCUAUCUAUAAUUGGAAAUUUCAUGACAAGCAUGGUACAAGCAGUAUUGUGAAUAUCUGAAUUACUUGUAGAUUUGUUUUUGGUAUGGUGGAGCUUUUGAGAGAAAGGUAAUCUAUGAUGAAAUGUACAAUCCUGAACUAGAGGGAUGAGGCGCAGAGUGUCACAUGUCUGCGUUAGCACAAACCUACAAUGCUGCUUCAGCAUGUCAGUGUGUGGAACAAUGCAUAAAGUAAUAUGUGAGCUCAAAUUUAAGCUAACUUUACUUAAGAGCAGUGAAAAAAAAAUACAAGCUAGACAGAAAGAAAGCAAAACAGAACUGGAAGCGACGUAUGCUUUACGGGAUACAAGGCAAUGUUUUUCUCUUUACAACUCCAAACACGACCAUCAGCAGAGGAAGAGACACUUGCAAAAACAUAUAUCUGUGUUUUAGGGCUUUUGAAAAAUCUUUAAUGCUAACCAAUAUGCAUACAGUGGCUCUUAAAACUGUUCACAGCUUUGUGGAAAUGUCAGGUUUUUGUGAUUUAAAAAAUAAUGUUACAAAUCAAUUUAACAUGUUUUCCCACACUCAAAAUGAAAUUAUUCCUCCACAAUUCAACUAAAAAAAACAAACAAACCUUCUAGAAUAAGGAAAAAGUGAAAUCUGGACGUAUACGUCCCUGAACUAAUACUUCAAUGAAGCAUAAUUUGAUUAAAUUUCAACAUUCACUCUUUGGUUGGAGCCUAAAAGUGUCCUACAUGCAGACUUUAUUUUGGAAAAAUACAUUAAAUCUCUCAGAUUAUGAGGCCAUCUUCAGAAAACUCUUUUAUUUUAAACAGCCCAUCUCCAUAACACAACCAGAAAUUGGCAGAAAUAUUACUGCAGCUCCUUCAAUGAUGCUGUAGGCCGCUUGGCAGCCUCCCCAACCAAUUCUUAUCUUUUCUUACAAUCCUUUUUAGGGUCCAAUCCAAUUUUGAUAUUCAUGUUGUUCCAUAAUUGCUCAAGUUAUUGAUUACAUUCUUUAUUCUGUUAUGGUGUAUAUAAAAGAUUAUUGGGAGCCAUUAUUACAUCACCAUAAACCAUGGCUUUAUUCCAAAUGAAUUUAACUGAUCCAGAUUAGCUUUAUUUCUACUUUAGCAGAUCCACCUAAACGAUUUAAAGGUUGGAACAUGAGAGGCAGCUAAAAUGACAUUUUAAAUUUAAGGGUGUGAAAACUUAUGUAAUCAAAUCGUUUCUUUAUUUACUCUCCUAAAUGAUUUGUACAUUUUUAGUUGAACUGAAUGAGACAUACCUCUGCAUUAAAGAUGGAAAAAUAUCUGAAAAAUUGUAUUUCACAUUGGCGGUAAUCACAAAAACCUGCUGUUUUAACAUUGGUGUGUACACUUCUGUGAGUCACUGUAGGUUAACACAGGGCGUGUUAUAUUUCAUUUUGGUUCAUUUUCUAUUGAUUUUAAACCCAAAAGAGGCUUUUGUUUAUUCAGUUUCAUUCAUGCUGUUCGAUGUAAAGCACUACAUGUGCAUUGUCCCACAUCCAUGCAGAGAUGGUACAUGGACUGAGUCUACAAGCUGGAUUUGUUUGACAUGAAGUGCACUGUUUUCAGUUUUCCCAGUUUACAAGUUUAUGCUGGAGGGGAAAAUCUUUGUAAUGCUGUCAGAUGAUGAGGAUCCCUUUGUUUCAAGCAGUAA